ACGCGCUAGAAUUUUUCCCAAUUAAUAUGGAUAUUCGCUCAAAGCCCCUUGUGAUUCAGAUUCAUACUACGGGUCAGUAUUUGCGGUGAAUAUUCCUCAACCUUCGAAAAGGUUAACCAUAAUAAGUAUACUUCCGGCCAGCCAAAAAACAGUCAGUUUUACGUGUCAACACGCGUUCUGAGUGUAGGCCCCAGGUGAACGCGACCCAGAGUAGUUUUACGGUCUGCUCUCCAUGUUUUUGGUAUAUCUUGAAGUCUCGUCGUCAAGUUUGACGUCGAGAGAAAAGCGGUGUGACUCGUCACUCGGGGAAGCCUUCGGCCAAAAUGUGCCACGUCAAGCUUCUUUUAAAUUUCUAUUAGCUCCUAACUUCAUGCGUACACAUUUCUACUCUCCAAUCUUUCAAUAAUCCUUUAAUCUAGGGCCUAUUCCCCUGCACAAAUAAUGCACGGUAGAAAGUUAUGCACAUUGUUGAAGCUCCUUCCGGUUUUGCAGGCACUUUGGGUUCCUGCAAACGCUGAGUCGUUUCUUUCGAAUACGUUGAUACGGAAAGAUCAGGUGCAGAGUGUUCUGGAGCACCGUCCGAUCGAUGUAUCGGAAUGUGAGAACCCCAAGCCUACGGGCCCAAUAGAUACCACAAUGUGUGACUACGAAACAGUGGAGAGCGUGAAUGGAGAUUUAUUCUCCAAUAUCCACGAACUGGUCAGGACGCCAUUCUUCAAGUAUUUUCAAGUAGAUCUAUACCGCGACUGUCCGUUCUGGGACGAACAUGGAUCAUGUAACAACCCAGGCUGCGCAAUAACAACCGUCGAUGAAAGCGAGGUCCCUCUGAAAUGGAGAGCGAGGGCGCUUAGUAAGGUCGAUGCCCUGGUAGAAAACGAACUUCCUGGAUGCUAUUACCGAGACUCCGAUUUCUGCUGGCUUGAUGACAACACUGAGGGGGAUUACUAUGAUUUAACGUUUGUACCGGAACGAUAUACGGGAUAUUCUGGACCAGAAGCUCAUCGGAUAUGGCGUACCAUAUACGAAGAGAAUUGUUUUGGUCUGUCCGAAUUCAGUCUCAUGGACGGAAAAGCCCCAGCCGCCGUGACUUUACCCGAUACUAUGACCGAUGUUCUCCGCGAAGACGGAGUCAAUAAUAAUCAAUGCUUAGAGAAGAGAGUGUACUAUAAAGUUGUUUCAGGUUUGCAUGCUUCGAUAUCUACUCAUAUUUGCGCGGAGUAUUUAAACCAAACAACUGAGCGUCUGCAAUAUAUCUAUUUCAACACAGUCCUCUUACUUCGGGCUGUGGCUCGUCUAGGUCCAUAUCUAUCAGCUUACGAUUAUUGUUCAACGGGUACUCGUCAAGACGACGUGGAAACUAAAGGUCUAUUAUUAAAUGUAAUAUCUAUUGCUCAAAAAGCUGGGAAGUUUGAUGAAAGUGCUUUGUUCCGGGGUGAAAAUGCCAAUGUACUCAAAGAAGAGUUCAAAGCACAUUUUCGCAAUGUCACUCGCAUCAUGGAUUGCGUCGGCUGCGAUAAGUGUCGCCUUUGGGGCAAAAUUCAAACUACUGGCAUUGCUACAGCUCUCAAAGUCCUUUUCGAGCUUGACGAAAAGGCUCUUGAUCCACAUACGAACGCAAACCUCCUGCAACGAGCCGAAGUAGUUGCUCUCCUAAACACCCUCCAUCGGUUCAGUGAAAGCCUGGAAGCUGUGAACAAAUUCCGUCGCAUGUGGGCGGAUAUGGGUUCUUCGGAGUCUGAACAGCUCAUCCUUGAGGCCGAAAAGGCUGCGAUACCACUACCGCACUCUUCUUCGGGUGUUCAACAACGUUCGAGCCUGUUCAAAGUAGCUCGAAAGCGGAUUGUCACUUUCUUCCACAUAUGCCAAAAAAACACUAUGGAAUGCGUGGCAAAACUGUCGAACCUAUGCGCAAGAGGCUUAAAUAGAAUCACUUCAAUAUUGCAACUCUCAGGAAAAGAUUCUGGACCAGGUACAGGUACAUAUGAAGAGUUGUAGUACUUGUACUUAAGUACUCUGCCUGGUAGUCGAAGUACUAAACAACUUCGGAGUUAAGACAGUCGUAAUUCCGUAACCAGCCAUGACCGGGGUCGGAAUUGUGUGGUUUCUUUCUGUUUCUGUCGAAUCUAAGGGGAUCUCUUCUGCUUUCUUGGGCUGAGACUGG